UGUCGUUGCAAACUUCCCCUACUGUAGCUAACUUGAACAAGAUGGCGCCUGUGUUAGCUAAGAGUCGCUCUUCCCGUUUCAAAACUUUAUCUGGAAUUUAAAGAGAAACGAGUCGCCGUUUUUUUCUGUGCACGGAUAAACGUUUUUGAAUGGAAGUUAAAUCUGAAGGUUAUUCCGUUCGUGCGGCUAAAAGUGUCUGAGCAAACUUUACUGACUCAUCUGCCGCUAGCUUACGAUGCUACUGAAGUUAGCUUAGCUUGCUACCUGUAAACAGACUAACAGGGACGCAGUUUAACAAGAGCUUGGCGCGUUUCUUUGUGAAAAUGUCUAAAGUCCAGAUGCUGAGAGUGUUGGUCACUCAGAGAGUAACCGCGGCUGCUGAAGAGAUUCUUGGGCUUUUUGAAAAAACCAUCGCGGAGUACGAGGAGGAACUUUGUCGUUCCAAAGAGGAGAACCAACGACAGCGCCGACUGCUGGAUGCUGUUCUGAAUCCCGAAGUUCGCAUAAAGGCAGCAGACGUGCCGCAGGUUGGAGGGUCCAUAACAGAGUUUCCUCCAGAUCAGGUUGAGUGCAGAAGCAGUUUGGCCCAGGAGGACCCAGAGCCCCCACACCUUAAACAGGAACCAGAGGAACUCUUCAAGCAGCAGUUUCAAGGUCCAGAGGAAGCUGACAUCAUCGAGUUCGCUUUACAGAGUGAUGAUAGUGAGAAUCAUCCAUCCUCGAUACUUCAUCCGAGCAAAACUGAGGCCAGAGAGGCGGAGCCUUCAGCCAGCAGCUCAGCUGACUGCAUGAAAACAGAAGCUCGAUUGGAGGACUGUGCCAAACGAGAGCCCGGUACCAUUUCAGAUCCAGAUGCCGAGGACAAGUUUUCAGAGUCUUCUGAACUUGACCCUGAAGUUGGUGAUCAUCUGAGGAGGAAUAAUAUGACAGAAUUUCAGUUACAUUUAAGUCGUCCAAAAUGUAACAACGUUCUGCCAACUGAAGGGAAAAGUCACACAGUUGAGAAAAAAUUUCGCUGCUCUGAGUGCAAUAAAAGAUUUGGCUACAGCAGCCACCUGAAGAGACACCUGAGAAUCCACACAGGAGAGAAACCAUUCAGCUGUCCAUUUUGUGAUAAACGUUUUAUACAAAAAACGACUCUGACAGAGCACCUGACUGUCCACACGGGAGUAAAAAUAUUCAGCUGCACUGUUUGUGGGAAAGGAUUCAACAAGAAGUCUAAAUUUAUCAAACAUUUAUGUGCCGAGGUGGCUGAAGUGGAUGUCAUAUUUUAGUGAACUUACUUGACCUGUUUGUUUGUUACUUUCCAAACCUAAGCUAAUUUCUCUGUACCGACAGCAGCGACUCGCCCAAACUAAAGGGUGUGGAAGCUCUUAUAAAAAUCUGUGGCACUGCAGCUUUAAACAAAGAGAACUUUAACAACAGUUUACAGGCUUAAACUGGUCACACUCUAUACUAUUUAAAGCAUCAGUUUGAAAAUCCAGUAGUCUUUAAAAAAAAAAAAAAUCUUAAUUAGUAAGUAAUCAAUUCCCCACAGCUACAGCAGCAGUGUUUCCCCUACAGUAUUAUAGGCCUGCUAGGCCAGUGAGAACCCUUGUCAGGCCAGAAAUAUUUUAUUAACACCACCAAAUAUCAAUUAAUUUGGCUGUCUAUAAUCAUUUCAGUGCAUCCACAGUGCUUUGAAAACAAUCUUCUGUUGAGUUUAUGGUUUAUUUAUUUGGAUCCCUAUUAGCAGCAGCAAAGUUGCAGCUACUCUUCCUGGGGUCAACACAAGUUUACAAACAAAAAUCACAAUACAUUCAAAAAUAUUUAUAAAAAGACAAAACAAACAAACAAAUUCCAAUCAAAUUAAAUGAAUCAUUCCACAUGGUCAGUCUGUGUUCACAAAAACAUGUCUAUACAUGAUCAAAGGUCAAACCCCGAAAACUUCUCAUACCAACAGAUGCAGCCUUAGACGCUCCUUAAAAAAAACAUUCAUUUGAAAUGAGUUUGAUGCAGUCAGGUAAUAAAUUCCAUUCCUUCAUACCCCUGAAUAUGACAGUGUUUUUUAUGGCAUUCGUCCUGGCCACAGGUAGCGUAAAGUUUCCUACCAUGGCAUGUCUAGUUAUGUAUCUGAUUUUCUGAACUGAAAAAAAAAAAAAUUCCUAAACAAAAUACAAGGUAACUUAGAGACAAUAAUCUUUUUGGUAAAAAAUAAUCACUGAAUAUAAAAGUUUGUCUUUAACUAACAACCAAUUAAAAUUUUUAUGGAUUAUAAUGAUGUUGGUCAGUGAACACCCUGCGGUUUUUGCAAGUUCUCCCGCUUAGAAAUCAUGGAGGGGUCUGAAAUGUUCAUCUUAGGUGCAUGUCCACUGUGAGAGAC